UGUGUUUAGCAAAACAUAUUCAAAAGUUAAAAUUUGCAUUUUAGUCGGAUUAGCAAUCCGCAAAAAGAGAAGCCUGGCGGCAUUUAUUGCAGCAGUGUCUGGAGUAUAACUGUGUUGCAGUUUCUGUAAAGAAGAAAUUCAAAAACUAAAAACUUAAAUUUUUGUAAUGUUGCGUCGUAACAAUAAUCCGGAAAAACAGAACCCUGGCACCAUUAACAUGGCUGUUGCCAGAAAGCUUUGGAUUCAUUGUAAUCGCUGCUUUACUCAUUUUGUUAACCGUCAGUCUAUAAUGUUUUUGCUUGCCUGCAAGCAUGUAAUAUGCGAAAAGUGCGUAGCUGCCAAUUUGGGUCGCACGCCGUCUGAUGCGCCCACCUACAAGUGUCCCAUGUGCCAGCAAUUAGUGCGUGGCCGUCAGCUGGGCAAUUCAAUGCCCAGCAAUCUCAAAGAUAUGUUUCAUCCCCAGCCUUGGCUUGAUGGCAUACACCAUGAUGUUGUGGACACUUUUCAGCGUGCCAACUGCGAUCACCUCGAUAAGCACUUGAAAGAAAAAAGCAAAAAAUUGAAUAAGGAGGAGAGUGACUGUAAACUGGCCAAGGAGUCCACUUAUAAACAUUAUAUGGAAUACCGACGUACGCGUCAUAUUCGCAAGCAGCUUGAAGACCGUGCGCGUCAAAUCAAGAUUCAAGCGCGACUUCGAGAAGAAGAAGAAUUACGCCGUUCUAGUCUGGCUAAGCGGCGCAAGUCACCAGAUGCAGCAGCGUCUGCAGCAUUACAAGCUAUUGUGGACGGCGCCAAAAAGAGUCGCAGUCGUAGCCAUUCGCCAGCCGUGCCAUUGGAUACCAUAUCACAAAGACAUCGUUCGCCGAUAAUGAGACCAACCAUAACCAGCUUUGAACAGCGUGCCAAUCAUUCAUUUGACUUGUAAAUAAUAUAAUUAUGUUAAAACUUAGUACUUAAUUUAGUUAAGUAAACAGGCUGGCCACAUUUAAAUUAUUAUUAACGUUAA